AUGGCUCUUCUACAAUUACUUGGAGCAGCUGCUUAUACAGGCACAUACACCAAUCAAGAAUGGAAUCAUGCAUAUGAAAUAAAUAGUGUUGGCGGAUUAUUAGGUGCUAGUCUCUCAUCUCUUAGAGGUUUUGGUAAAUUUUUACUUGUUCUAUUUGCAUUAUCGACUAUUGGUAAUAAUAUACUAAAUAUUUAUUCUUUAUCAUUGUCUGCGCAAGUUAUUGGGCCAAUAUUUAAACGUAUACCACGCUUUUUAUAUACAGUUGUUGGUACUAUAAUAUAUAUUCUAUUAGCUAUUGUUGCUGCAAAUAAAUUUAAUGAUUCAUUAAUAUCACUUCUAAGUUUAACAUCAUAUUGGUCAGUAGUAUUUGUUGUUAUUGUGGUGGAAGAACAUCUUCUAUUUCGAUGGUAUUCAUUUAAAAAUUAUAAUUUUGAUAUAUGGAAUAAUCGUAAAAGCUUAUCAGUCGGUAUAGCUGCAAUAUUAUCAGGUUUAGUAGGUGCUGUUGGUAUUGCACUUGGAAUGACACAAACUUGGUUCACUGGACCGAUUGCAAAAGCUAUUGCAGGUGAUAGUGGUGAACAAGGUGCAGAUGUUGGCCUUGAACUUGGUUUUGUUUUUACAGCAGUUAGUUUUCCAUUAUUCCGAUCAAUUGAAUUAUAUUAUAUUCGAAAAUAA